UACUAUAGCCCAUUGGAAUUACCCAUUUGUAUCUUUGGUGACAACAAGUAGCCCAAGGCCCAUUUUAACAUCGGACGGCUGGACUGGCCCAAAUGCUCCUCUGGUGGAAAAAAAAAAAAAAAAGAGAAUAAUAACAAGAAACGGAUAGAGCGAGAAGGAGAAAAGAAGAGCAGCCAGCACGAAGCAAGUUAACCGGCUUUUUUUCUCAAGCAUCUUAUCUGCAAGACACAGCAAUCUUCCCAAAGCUUUCAGCCAUGGCGUCGCUCAUGGCGGCAGCUGUUCCGUCCGCCACCCCUCGUUCGCUCAAACUCUGCCCUGGCUUCUCUUCUUCUCGUUCAGAGAUUCAAGGCACGUCCUUCGUCGUGGCCUCAUUCGAUUCGCUCACGCUCUCGGCUUCUUCUUCCGCUUCGUCAUCGCUUCCCUUGGUUUACUGCGGCAGAGGCGACAGGAAGACUGCUAAAGGAAAGCGAUUCGCUCACUCGUUCGGCAAUGCGAGGCCGAGAAACAAGAAGAAAGGGAGAGGGCCGCCGAGGAUACCGGUUCCUGCAGCUCCGUUAAAUCCAGAUGAACUGGUACAAGACAGCGAAGAAGUCGCCAUUGAAACCGAUGAGUGAUGAGUUCUUCUCCCAUGUUUAAUUUUUUUUUUUGUGUGCUGAUGAACACUUUUCUGUAGAUUUUCAAUUGUUGAAACUACGCUGCUGCUUCAAUGUGAUCCCUUUUGCAUAACGUUUAUGUUCAAUGACUAUUUCAUCUGUCAUUUACUUGCUUGGAUUUUCAGAGUUUAGGUCUUGAGGUUGGGAUUUUCAGGUUUUGGUAAUCUCAGAAAUAUGUUCUUUAGGUUCAUUGUUGCUUCUCUGCGGUAAUUUCGAUUUCUGCGGAACUUUGCUUUUGCUAACUUAAGAGUAGGGUCUACUAAGUCAUAAGUGAUGAGAACCUUGCUAGGUUGAGAACUUGAGAUGACCAAAGAACUCAUGGUAUAUCCAGAGUCCCGAGACCUUUUCAGAUUGCGGCUCUGCAAUUGUGUUGCUAAUUCUGAGACGAUGUUUGAAGAACUUCAUUUCUGUUUCUUGGGAGUAGAAGAUAAGAAUCACAAGCAAGGAACUCAUUAGUGAAAGGAAAUGCAUUAUCAUUUGAGAAAAUAACAUAUUCAGGCAGUAGUAGUAGUACACCCUUUUGCUGGGGAAAACAAAACCUCAGACCUCUC